CUUGAGUGAUUUUUGAGCUGCUCCUUUAAGCAGGACGGGUAGCCCGAUCGGCUCAUGGGGUGGUUAUAUUUCUGACCGGUAAAAGUUGCGUACCUGCUUCACACACACGUAGUUAGCAAAUCAGAUACUGAGAGCUAAAUGUGGAAACGAGAAGAGAGCAGGAGAACAAUGGCAGGAGGGAAUUUAUGAAAUAAGCGAGUGUGUUUAUGCAUAGGGGAAAGUGAGGUCGAGAGAGAGAGAGAGCGAGAGCGAGCUCUUUCCUUCUGCCCUUGAGCGCCUAGGACAAAACCGAAAUCGCAAAAAGUAACGGAACAUUAAUUGAGGCAGUACCACUUCUGGAAAAAGUAUUGAAAUAUAAUAUAUUUCGAACAAGAAGUCAACUAUUGUGCGUACGGGAUGUAUAGGAUACCAUCCUAACGCACUGCUUUCCUCAAAGUAUAAAAACAGAAGGGAAACAAACAGAAGGGGAGAGCAUCUCAUCUAAUCCUCUUACAGAAGGGAAUACGGUAACGUUAAGCUUUAUUUCAACGACGAACCAAUGCUGAGGCUUUUGAAUGCUGAUAACACUUUUGCAAAGGAUGCACCCAUGACAGAAUGAUCAUAUUUUCCCGGAGCAAUUUGCCAACGAUGGAGCAUGUAAAUACUUCCUUUGACUGACGUGAAAACACAACAAAAUCUCAUCUAGAGAGCUUCUGAGUGGACAGCGGGAAUAUUCUCAAUGCUCUACUCAUGGACAUAUCGACUGCUUUUAGCAUGGCUUGCCUGGAGUGCCAAAGGGGGUCGAUCUGAGAAAGAUUUAGCGUUGUAUACAUUUCUAAUAAAAUAAGUUAUUGUAACUAUAAUUUAAAGUAAUACUUUAAUUUGAAUUGUUUUUAAACAUAAGAUACCAAAUACUUCAAAACAGAAGUGUAACUUAUUUAGGCAGGCAUACAUUUGUAUACAAAACCAGCAGAGUUGUAAGGCUGUAUCCUGCAAGCGGCAGGUGUCUCUCCCAACAUGAAAACCAACCGGAUUCCAAGCUGAUCCUCUCCCUGUGUGGACCGACGGUGGCACCACUUCCCUCUUCCCUCCGGACUCUCGGUCUUGGACCAUGGGUGUGGUCUCUACGAGUGCCAUGCUCUCACAGGUGCUUUUUCAUUUGCACUUUGUUACUCUGACCCUUGGCCAGUAUGACAUAUGCAAGUCGCUGUUUAGUACGGACGAUGGACCAACAUGGGAGUUUUAUGCGUGCCAGCCAAAACCAAUGGCUAUGAAGGAGUUCGUGCAAAUUAGGGUGGAUCCUCCUGGCAUCACUUGCGGCAACCCCCCGGAGAGGUUCUGUACCCUGGAGAACCCCUACCUGUGUAGUGACGAGUGUGACGCCUCCAACCCGGACCUGGCUCACCCUCCCCAGCUGAUGCAGGAUCGUGAGCGCAGCGGCCUCAUCACCUAUUGGCAGACGGUGACAUGGAGCCGCUACCCGGAGCCCCUGCUGGCCAACAUCUCCCUGGCCUGGAACAAGAGCCUGGAGUUGACCGACGACAUUCAGGUCACCUUCGAGUAUGGCCGCCCCACCAUGAUGGUGCUGGACAAGUCCCUAGACAAAGGGCGCACCUGGCAGCCCUACCAGUUCUACGCCGACGACUGCAUGGAAGCCUUCGGCAUGCCCGCUAAGCGGGUGCAGGACCUGUCGGCCACCAAUGUGACGCGGGUCAUCUGCACAGAGCAGUACUCUCGCUGGGUGGGCUCCAAGAACGAGAAGGUGCUGCGCUUCGAGGUGAUGGCACGCUUCACUAUCUUCACAGGGCCCAAGCUGCUCAACAUGGACAGUCUGUACACACGCAUGGAGAGUAUGAAGGGCCUGAGGGACUUCUUCACUUUCACCAACCUGAGACUGAGGCUGCUGAGGCCGGCCCUGGGGGGAACCUACGUCCAGAAAGACAACCUCCUCAAAUACUUCUACGCCAUCUCCAACAUAGAGGUACCAGCCAGGUGUAAGUGUAACCUCCAUGCUGGCCAGUGCACCUUUCGGGAGGGAAGCCUGCAGUGUGACUGUGAACACAACACGACGGGCCAAGACUGCACUCGCUGUGAGAGGGGCUUCAAAGCCAAGUCAUGGAAACCUGGAUCGUACCUACCCACCCCCAACGGAUCCCCCAAUACCUGUGAUGCUGCUGGGACUCUUGGCACACCCACAACAGUCCAGACUCCGCCAACAACCACACCUGCGUUGGCGACUACCACCAAGCCACCCACAGACCAACUGCCCACAAUUACCACUAUUAUGGCAGACAUCACCACCUUCACUGACAUAGUGACAGCUGUGGUGGGUCCCACAUCCAGCACAAAGCUCAGUGACUCCCUAACUGACACGCCAGUGCUGCUUCUGGCAACAGAUCAAACGUCUGUGCCAGCCACGAUACCAGCCACUCUUCCAGCCAGUAUGUCAGACACUGUGCCAGUCUCUGCCAGUCCCGACCAGACAGACAGUCCAUCCUUAACCACAGUGAACUUUCCCCCAAUGGAGGUAAAUCCCCCCACAACCACAGUGAGAGCGCAGCCGAAAGUUACUGAAUCAUCUGAUGCAGCUGAUGCCACAUCUGACUCAGUCACACCAUCAUCUGAUGCAACCACUCCAACAUCAGUUGGAUAUACUCUCACACCUGACAGCACAACGACAACUUCUUACACAGUGACUUCUGACACAAGUACCACAGCAUCUGACACAAGUACUACUACAUCUGACACAAGUACGGCUACAUCUGAAACAAGUACUACAACAUCUGAAACAAGUACUACUACAUCUGACACAAGUACGGCUACAUCUGAAACAAGUACUACAACAUCUGAAACAAGUACUACUACAUCUGAAACAAGUACUACUACAUCUGACACAAGUACCACAGCAUCUGACACAAGUACCACAGCAUCUGACACAAGUACCACAGGAUCUGACACCAGUACCACAGCAUCUGACACAAGUACGGCUACAUCUGAAACAAGUACUACAGCAUCUGACACAAGUACCACAGCAUCUGACACAAGUACCACAGCAUCUGACACAAGUACCACAGCAUCUGACACAAGUACCACAGCAUCUGAAACAAGUACUACAACAUCUGACACAAGUACCACAGCAUCUGACACAAGUACCACAGCAUCUGACACAAGUACCACAGCAUCUGAAACAAGUACUACAACAUCUGACACAAGUACCACAGCAUCUAACACAAGUACCACAGCAUCUGACACAAGUACCACAGCAUCUGACACAAGUACCACAGCAUCUGACACAAGUACCACAGCAUCUGACACAAGUACCACAGCAUCUGACACAAGUACCACAGCAUCUGACACAAGUACCACAGCAUCUGACACAAGUACCACAGCAUCUGACACAAGUACUACAUUUGACACAAGUUCAACAACAACUGAGAGAAGUACUACAAUAUUUGACACAAUUACGACACUAUUUGACAUUAGUAUUACACCUUCUGUCACUAGUACUAACACAGUUGACACAAGUACCACAACAUUUGACACAAGUACCACAACAUUUGACACAACCACCACAGUAUCAGACACAAGUAUCACAACAUUUUACACAAGUACUACAUUUCUAACAAGUACUAAAACAUCUUACACAAAUAUUUAUUUUGACACAAGUUCUACAACAACUGACACAAGUACUGUAUCUGACUCAAGUAACACAAUAUUUGACACAAUGACUUCAACAUCUGAUAUAUUUACCACAACUUAUGGCACUAUUACUUCAGCAUCUGAUGUAUUCACUUCAACAUCUGGUGUGCCCUUUCUGGCAUCGGACACAGUUACUCCAGCAUCUGAUGUAGUAACACCACCAACAGAUGGAUUUACCUCACCCCCUGAUGAUACAUUUAUUCCAGCAUCUGAGGGAGAUACACCCGCCUCUGACGUGGCUACUUCAGUAUCUGAUGGACUGACCUCACGACCUGAUGACGCUCCUUCAACACCUCAAGCAGUUCCUCCAACUCCCGACACGGUUUCCUCAGCACCUGAUCCUCUACCCCGUACACCGGGUAGAGACACCACCCAAGCUCCAGACAAAUCGACUCCAGCACCUGACACAGAUACCUCAACAUCUGAUGCUGCUACCCUGGCACCUGUUGUAGCUACUACAGCUCCAGACUCAUCUUCAGCAGUUCCUGAUCCUGCUACCCCAUCUCCUGAUGUAGGACCAGUUCCUGAUUCAGUUGAUCCAGCUCCCGAUGUAGGACCAGCUCUUGAUUCAUUUGAUUCAUUUCCUGAUUCAGUUGAUCCAGCUCCCGAUGCAGGACCAUCUCCUGAUUCAGUUUAUCCAGCUCCUGAUGUAGGACCAGCUCUUGAUUCAGUUGAUUCAUUUCCUGAUUCAGUUGAUCCAGCUCCUGAUACAGUUGAUCCAGCUCCUGAUGAUGCUGUUGAUCCAGCCCCUGAUACAGUUGAUCCAGCUCCCGAUGAUGCUGUUGAUCCAGCCCCUGAUGCAGGACCAGCUCCUGAUUCAAUUUAUCCAGCUCUUGAUUCAGUUGAUUCAGUUCCUGAUUCAGGACCAGCUCCUGAUGCUGCCGCUCCAAUGCCUGAUGCUGGGGUCGGUGAGAAAGUGGAAAAUAAAGAAGAAAAUGUUAAAGAGGAAAAAGUUACCCCCAUAACUGAAGCCAAAGGGGAAAGCAAAGAGGAAGAGAAAGAGAAAAAAAUAUUUUCAAACGAAAGACAAUGAGAAAAAAGGUAUAUUGAUUAACAGUAGUCUAGUAGUAUUUGUACUGUAUGUUGUGUGUGUUGCAAAAUAUAGUUGUGUCAGAUUUAAAAAUAGUUUAGUAGGAUCCAACAACUCAACUCUGUUAUGGAAGCAGAUGGGGAUCUGUGAAACUCACUCCUCAGCCUGAAGUGAAUUCACUUGAGCUGCUGAACAGUUAGCUUUUUGGUGGAGCAACUGGGUAGACACUUCAGAAGGGGGGUCAUGUGUGUUUGCGAGGCAGAGGUCCUGGGUUCAAGCCUUGAUAUGAGCUGAAUCAGGAGGAAGCGGUAGUCGUUAAGCAAGCGGCGUGACAUCCUUUACAAUGGUGCCAAUUGACUCAGAUCUGCAGUUGCGCUCAGCUCAAUGCUGGGUUCCCCGUGGAGGGAAUUUGGGGGGGUGAAGGUAGCAGAUGGGGAUCUGUGAAACUCCACUCGCGCUGCCGAACAGCUAGCUGGGUAAGACGCUUCAGGAGGGCGGCCAUGUUUGUUUGCGAGGCAGAGGUCCCGGGUUCAAGCCUGAAUCAGGAGGGAGCGGUACUCGCUAAGCAAGCAGCGUGACGUCCUUUACAUUAGCGUUAGCAUGUCAAUUUGUAGUGGUGUCAGUAACCAUUCAUGUUGAAUUCCCUGAACCAACUCAAUGGGGUUGAAGUUGGAGUGUUAGUCACCUGGUUGCUAUAGGAAAACAUCCCCACUGGGUGUCAGAGCGCAAACAGAUAAUUGAUGGACAAAAUAGGUUGCGGAAAAGCCAUUUUUGGAUGAGCCCAUGUCCCAGUAGGAUACCUGAUCCAUGGUUUCAGGAGACUAUUGACUCAAAGCACCAGGCCGCUGACAAGCAUUAGAAGUCGUCUGUGUGUUUUGUCAAACCUAGAGCAGCUAAUGUAUUUUUGUUGUUGACAAGGAUCAUGUGGUACAGAAUAUGCCACAUAGUAUUGUGUGGGUGAUUCUGUCACCACUCAGACUCCACUCAUCAGCUGUAGCCGAACCAGUAUUGCAAACUAAACAUCUUUGCAAUGGACUAUGAUUCCAAUCACUUGAUUUGGCACUAAACGGGAGAAACGGACUGAAGCUCAUUUCGUGUUAUGUUUAAAUGUUCAAAGAAAAUAAUUAUUACGUUUCCCUAAUAAACACAACCCAGGUAGACAUUUUAUUGCUGGUGAGAUGGAUUGUCUGAAUGGGACUGAGAUUUUGUUCUUGUAGAGGAAUGAAUAUCUACACUUUGUGAAUGACUAAACGUUGUGGUAAUAUACAAUACUGUGUGUUAAUGUGUAGAUUUCAAUGGUUUAUGGAAUGUAUGAGGUCUUUCUCUGUGAAUCAUGCAAGAUGUCUGAGCAGUUGGCACCCUAUUGUGUUUCAGGAUUCCUUUGGCAUCAAUUGUAUAUUUUAGUAGCCAUGAUAUUUCAGACACUGUGUAGUAGAGGCUUGUACACAUUGGCAUGUUAGUAUUAUCUAUAACACAGUUAAAUAGAUCCUUUAUUUCCCAAGCGGUUGUAAAACUGUUGAUUCCUGGUGGGUCCAAAUACAGCGAGUCUAAGGUUGCAUACGUCCAGUUUCAAGGUAAGACAUGAUUUACCACACUGAAGCUUUGAAUCUGUUUGGACUAGAGAACUGUGGAAAAAUGACCAAAGUUUGUCCAGUCUUUUUCCUUCCUUCAUUCAUUUGUCUUUUUUUUUCCCCCCAUGCGUUUUUAUGUUGCACGUUUGGGUUUUGUUUGCUUCGUAAGGUAAGCAACUUAUUUCCCCUCCAUUUAUAGUAUUACUGUCGUUACCUUUUUAUUGUGAACUUGUAAUGAAAUCUCAGAACCUAUAGGGUCUGUGUUGCAACGGAUUGUAUAGUGUCAUUUGUGUGGAUGACUGUGUUAACUGUGGAUUCCUUUGUGAGAUAGUGACCAUUCUUUCAACAAUCUGUAGGGUAAUAGGCCCAUUAAUUUGUGAUAAGCUGUUUUUGCGCCCCCCCGUCCCCCCCGUCCCCCCGUCCCACUGCUCUACUCUGUGGUACAGCAGGUCUUCAUAUUACACCAGCAGCAUCUUUUUUAAAUAGCGUGUCAAUAAUGAAUCCCCUCUAAGCAAAGAGAUGUAACAUGAUGCCUGAUUAAAUAACUAAACUGUCAGCUAAAUCGUCUUGUACAUUAGCAUUAAAAACAAUUUUAUUCAGAUUCUUGUAGUAUGAUGGAACAAACUCCUAAAGCAUUAUAAGCUUCAUUGUGACAUCAUAUAUAUAUAUAUAUAUA